AUGGCUGGAAGAGGACGAUUGCUUAUAAGUCCACCUAAAAAUGUUGGAAUGGAAGAAACGAAUAAAACAGAUGCAUGUCAUGAAAUUCAAACUAUAACGUCUAAAAUAAAUUCAAUAGAUCUCACAAAUGUAAAUGCUAAUCAUCUUUAUAACAUUCACAUUUUAUUUAAAAAUUUACAAGAAUCAGAUUUGAAAAAAGCUAUAAGAGAAUUUUACACAAAAAGUUUAAAUGAUUCGGAAUUUGGUAAAAAAUUUUUAUACAUAUGUACUGAAUUUUUCCAACGUAAAAUUGAUUCAACUGAAAAUUGUCCGAGAAGAGAAAUAUUAACCAACAUGCAAGAAGAAUUUGAAUUGAAAGAUGCCAUUUGUCAAGCUGAUAAACCUAGAUUUUACAAUGCUGUUACAUUUUUAAGCAAUUUAUAUUAUCUAGCAAGUUAUGAGGAUGUACCUAUAAAUAUAUUAGGUAGGGCUUUAAUAUCAUAUAUAGAAUUAUUACUCGAAGGUAGCGAGGAAGAAUUAAAACUUAUCGUCAUACAGUUAAGUAAAGAUGUUGAAAAAUAUAAAUUAUUGCAUACUCGAUUGAGAAGUGCCUUGAUUGAAAAAACAUUAAAUAAAACGUCAAAAUGUUGGUUGUUAUUAGCAAUCGAUUUAUUAUCGAAUGAUUCAAAUUAUUUUUUAAAAAAUUUAAAAAAUUUCUACGUGGAAAAUUUGGGUGAACCUUUUGCUAAAGUUGAUAAAACUAUAAAAACAUUAAAACAAAUGAAAAUAAUAAAAAGUAGCGAUAUCAAAGGAGAUGUGAAAAAAGAAUCGAAAGAUGAUAAACAACAACAACAACCGCAACAACAGCUAAUGACAACUUUUAAAGUAACAGGUUUAAAUAUACAAAAACCUAAAUCAGAUUCUGGAAAACUCAACAACAAAAAUAAUAAUAAUAACAACAACAGUACGAAUAAAAAAAAUCAUUCAUUUUCUCAUAAUAAAAAUUAUUAA